AUGGCGGAGGCAAGCGGAGGAAGAGGCGUCACCGUCGAAGAAACACUACAUUUUCACGCCGACUGGCAUUCUAAAAACGUCCUGAGCCUGCUAAACAAGUUGAGAGGACAGCGGGAGUUCUGCGACGUGGAAUUCAGCGUGGGUAGUUCGCUGUUCCCCGUGCACCGUGCCGUAGUGGCUGCCUGUUCGCCGUACUUCGCGGCGAUGCUGGGCGGGGGGAUGAGCGAGGCGCACCGAGGACAGGUGGAACUGCACGCCGUGGAGCCGGACACGUUCAACAUGCUGCUGGACUUUAUGUACACAGGUUCUAUUGAUGUGAAUGUUGGCAAUGUACAAGAACUCCUGGCAGCAGCCGACAUGUUUCAGCUGCCAGAUGUCAUCAGUGCUUGUACUAGCUUCCUCCGCUCACAGCUCCAUCCAUCCAAUGCCAUAGGGAUCUACAUGUACGCAGAGACACAUGCCUGUCAGGACCUCUGCUCUGCCAGCCUGGCCUAUAUCCAGUCCCACUUCACUCAGGUCACACGAGAGGAGGAGUUCUUCAAUGUCUCCAAGGAGCUCCUCUCCGAGUUUCUGUCCAGCGAGGAUCUGCAUGUGGAGAACGAGUAUCAGGUCUUCACCAGCGCCAUGUCCUGGAUAAUGUUCGACGUCACAAAGCGGCGACGCUUCGUUUACGAGAUCUUGUCUCCCGUACGGUUCCCCUUGAUUUCUCCUCAGUGUCUCGCCAAAUACCUGAAGCACGUCUUGACGGACUUGAGUCUCCAGAUUGUCUUGCAGAAGUUGUUCGAAGACUACAACAUCAUCUGUAAACCCGGCAGACCCCUGCAAAGGCCUGUGAAAAACUUUGGGUUCGUCAAGCCUCGUCGGAACGCUCGCAAGUUUCUCUACGUUGCGGGAGGGUACACAAGACUUCCGGGGGAACGAUGGAGCGACAGUCACACAAUCAACAUGGCGGAAUGUUACGAUUCGUUCAGCCAACGUUGGAGCUUCCUACCACCAUUGAACUACUGCCGUAGCGGACACGGGAUUGCCGUGCUACACGGGAAAGUAUAUGCGGUCGGCGGAGAAAGUGACUCACUGAUCUACGACAAUGUGGAGUGUUACGAUCCGGCGGUGAACCGUUGGACGAUCCUGCCGUCCGUUAUGACCGUACCAAGGUGCGGACUCGGUGUCUGUGUUCUGCAGGACGCGAUCUACGCGAUCGGCGGCUGGGUCGGGUCGGAGAUCGGGAACACGAUCGAGAGAUAUGAUCCCGAGGUCAAGAAGUGGGAGGUCGUAGGGAGAGUGGAGACACUGAGGUUCUGCAUGGGGGUUACAGAGAUGGAUGGCUUCCUGUACGUUGUUGGCGGCAUGAGUGACCUGGGGUCAGAGCUCAGGAGCGCCGAGUUCUACGACCCCGUAACGCACGACUGGACGCGACUGCCUGACAUGAAAGAGCGUCGCGCUUACGUGGGGGUGGGGACGCUAGGGGGGUGUCUGUACGCCGUGGGGGGGUGGAACGAUCAGAAGGAGGCUCUCAGGACUGUGGAGAGGUACUCACCAGUGGAGGACAAGUGGCGGGAGGUUGCCCCCCUGUCCACAGCGCGAGCGGGAGCCUCCGUAGCUGCCAUCAACAACAUGCUGUAUGUGCUGGGGGGACGGUCCUCUACCAGAGGCUUUGCUGCACCCGUCACGCUGAACACCGUCGAGUGCUACGAUCCGGAUACAGACACCUGGCUGCAGCUGGGUACCAUGGCAACCAGCAGGUGUGAGGCAGCUGCAGCUGUCACCUGAGCACACCUGGUCACCAUGGCAACAGGCAGGUGUGAGGCAAACACCUGCAUUAUGUUCAUUUCUUCAUGUUGUAUAUGUGCAAAUUGUAUAUACUGUGAAGUAUGAGGAUUUGAAAAUAAUGGGAACAUUUUAUCAAAUGUAAGCACUUCUCCUUUGGUCCCACCAACACAGUAGCAAAGAACAGUGUGUGACGAGCAUCACCUGAGCAUACCUGGUUACCAUGGCAACAGGCAGGUGUGACACUGCUGCCAGCUGCAAUACCCUUAUUGUAUAUGUGCAAUGUAAAAUCAUGAACAAUGGUUACUUAGUGAUAAGAGAAAUUCCUUUGAAUGUAAGAUUUUCAGUCACACACAGAUCACUAUCUGUUUAAAUAUUUGUUCUUUCUAGCCUCAACAGGCUCCACGUGUCACUGGGAAAUAGUAGAAAUUUGUCUAACAGACACACACCAGAGGUAGCUAACCGAGAAACUACAGAUAGCAACAACUGUAGUUUCGGGCUGGCUAACUCCUUUUGUGUGUUAUCUAUUUCACCAAUAAGCCUAGUAGAGGCUAUGUUCUUCCCUGUAGCACAAGGGUUAGUUGUUGUUUGGAUGGCUAGAUGUAUAAUGUCAAACCUUCUGCUGCUUGUGUCCUGCAGAUUAACAUUGUGAAUGUCUUGCUGAAUAUGUCCUUAAUUUUAAAAAAAAAACAGUCUAUGAGAUACUCUGGAGUACAAGAUAUUCAUGUUUAAUGAGAAUUUCUUGAUUGUACAAGGCCCAGCUUUCCAUGACCACUUCAACAUGCCAUGCUGCCAGCUCAGAGUGCAAUAAACUAUUUUUGUAGAAUAAAAGUGGUCCCCUUGACUGUUAUUAUCAUUAUUACAUAGCACCAUAAGUAAAAUCUAAGAAGACAGGAAUGGAAGACUUUACAUGAUUUCCUAAUCUCCAAGAAGAUGUAGAAUGGAAAAAUUGUAAUGUUUAUGAAACUUUCAGUUCCAUGGAGCAAAGGAACUUUCAUUUCACAGAAUCGUGAUCUUGAGAAACAUCAACAAUUCAAUAUCUUUCUUCAUCUGCUUGGAGCUUAGUGUUUUCCUACAUACAUAUACAUGUACCUAUCCACAGUAUAUUUAGGCUGCCAAAGAAUGAUUCCAGUCUUAGGAAUAUGAGUGCAUAAAAAUAGGAUACAUGCUUUAACUAUGAUAUACUGUAAAUGCAGAAAUGUUCGCGGUGGAUUUGUUCGCAUUUCAUCGCGAAUUUAAAACCACCGCGAACAUUUUUCCAGGGUAUUAAGAUACUACAGUCCCGCGAACUUAAAUCCAUUUACAGUAUCAGCAUCAGCAUGUAAAUAAGUUGCAUGGACAUUACAUAAACACUCUACAAAUUGUAAGUACAUUUACUUCAUCAACCAAAGGCAACAAUCAAUGGCUUACACCUCCACAAACGAUAAAAAUACAAUGUCAUUAUCACACCACAAAUUUACGUCUAACAUAAUAUGACUAGGAGAAAAACUGAUACAUUACAAU